AUGUCCGUCCUCGAUGCCCUCAAGGGUGUCCUCAAGAUCUCUUUGAUCCACGAUGGACUUGCCCGCGGUCUUCGCGAGGCUUCCAAGGCUCUCGACCGUCGCCAGGCACACAUGUGCGUCCUCAACGAGGCUUGCGAGGAGGAGGCCUACAAGAAGCUCAUCGUUGCCCUCUGCGGCGAGCACAAGAUCCCUCUCAUCAAGGUCCCUGAUGGCAAGCAGCUCGGCGAGUGGGCCGGUCUCUGCCAGAUUGACCGUGAGGGUAACGCCCGCAAGGUCGUCAACUGCUCUUGCGUCGUCGUCAAGGACUGGGGUGAGGAGUCGCAGGAGCGCUCCAUCCUCCUCAACUACUUCCAGACCGAGCAGUAA